AUGUGGAGAUUCUGUUUGGUUAUCAAUCCUGUUAUUCAACGGGCAGAGUUGGCCCAAUCACAAGGCCAGCUGCCCAACAUCCCGCACAUAAAGCUCCUCACUGACAGCAUAUUCUUCAACUCUCUCCACUCACACGUCAACUCAUGGAUCAAAGCCAUCCAAGAGGUGACCAAGCUCACGAGGGGUGUUUCCUCCAGCACAGCAUUGCAAAAUCAACUUCUGGUUGAGCGGGAUAGAGGCGCAGUUGAGGAGUACUUACAACCAACUAACAAAAGAUUUCCUAAAACUCAAACUGUCCCCCUACCCAAUUUGUCAAGCUCUCCCAUUGUUGAAGCAAUCUCACGAGACUUCAACGACAUCCAUCUCUGGAUCUUAACAUCCCACUGGCUAGAAUACACCCCUUACCCCACCUCUGACUCAGAACAUCUCCUCCCACAAACAACAGCCCGGGGGAUAUUCAGGACGUGGGAUGAUCUUAUCAAAGAGUUCACGAACGUCGCAAGGGAGGUGACGAGGAAGAGGAGUGAAAAGAUUAUUCCGAUAAAGGUUGUUCUGAGGCAUGGGAAGCUUGUGGAACGGGUGAGGUAUUUGAGGGAGUGGAGGAAACAGCAUGAGCAGUAA